AUGCAAACGUUUAAGUUUGGAGUUACUUUAAACAUUUGCACUCCUAAUGAUGCAUUCAAUUACAAUCAUGUAAGGCUCAUAAAGGAGGAAUUUGGAUAUGAUGAUGCAUUCAACUAUCACAAAGAGAAAGAUUUUGAUGCUGCUUUGAGCAAGUAUUUCCCAAAUGGAAUUGAUGUAUACCUUGACAAUGUUGGCGGUAGAAUGCUUGAGGCUGUUCUCAACCAUGUCAACAAGCAUGCAAAGAUCCCUCUUUGUGGCAUGAUAUCUGAGUACAAUAAGGAGAUGGAGGGUCACCUAAAGCAAGGCAAGAUUGGUUCUAAGCUCAAAAUCUUCCAUGGAAUUGAUAAAUUCUUGGAGAGGUGCAAAUGGAUUUACAAAACUAAAAGGGAUUCCAAGGGUCUCAUUGACAGAUACAAUGCUAGGUUGGUUGCAAAAGGAUUCACACAUCAGGCAAAAGUUGAUUACAAUGAGACAUUUUCUCCAGUCUCUACAAAGGACUCUUUUAGAGUCAUGAUGGCUUUGGUAGCUCAUUUCAAUCUCUACCUCUAUCAAAUGGAUGUAAAGACUACGUUCUUGAAUGGAGACCUCUAUGAAGAGAUCUACAUGUAG